GCGUCAAGCGGACAAGAUAAGGCUUUGGGUGCUACUUUACUUCUUUCUUCCGUAGCAUUGUUUCUCUAUUACACGAUAUGGGCUUUAAUAAUGCCUUUUGUGGAUGAUGGUCACCCAUUACACGAAUAUUUUCCGGAUAGGUCGUAUGCCAUAAAAAUACCAGUCGUCAUAUUACUCGUGGGUUUAACUGUUGUGUUCACGUUUUUGUCUUUGGUUAUGAUAAAGAGUAAUAGUUCUAAGAAAAGUGUGAAAAAAGCUUAA